AUGGGUAUCCCUGAUGAUGAGAUUCUGGAUGUUGCUCCUCUCUUUGUUAUUCCCGGCGCGAACAUUGAUUUGAACCAACCCAUCUCCAUUGAUGCCUCCGUUUCUGCAUGUUCCAAACAAGGUAAUCCCUCUAGUAUUUCGUCUGGUUCAACUCCUGUCACUAAUUCUAAGGAAGGAACAUACUAUACUGAUCGUGUUAUAAGAGAACUAAUUACUAGAAUUCUUAAUGAAGGUCACUCUAUGAAGGGAGUUUCUACCCCCCUUGCUCAAAUGCAUCCCUCUCCUAAGGUUGAACAACCUAGUAGUAAGGGAGAUGAUUCCUCCAGUUCUGAAAAGGACUUGGCUGCUGAAGGGUUAAGCUCUCUAGGGCAAACCCUGUCUGAAAAAGGAAAAUUUGUGGCCUCUAACACUGCUAAUGCUUCCCAUUCUGAGAAGCAUGAUGAUGCAAAUGUUGUGAUUGAUAUAGAGGAUGGUAGCUCUGAUGAUCAAGAGGAAAGCUUGAUUCAUCACAUGAAGCCAAGUGUGGCUAAACGCAUGAAGACUCGCAAAGGAAAAUCUGUGGCUGAACUUAUGUCAGCUAGAAACGCUAAGAAGACUGCUGGUAUUGGUCCCUCCAAAUCAUGGAGCAAGGUUGAAAUAAAGAAGAGGAAGGUCAAAGAUGAUUCUGAGCCUGAAGAGGAUGUUGAGGAAGAUGUCCCUGACAUCUCUCCUGCGAAGAAAGCUACUGUUAGGAAGUCUCCUGUUAAUGUACUUGUUGUUCAUUUGGAUAACAUCUCCUUCCAUCUUGAGGAUGGAACUGCUAAGUGGAAAUUUGUGAUUCAGAGAAGGGUAGAUGUGGAAAGGGAAUUGGGAAAAGAUGUUGCUGAUGUCAAGGAGGUCAUGGACCUGAUAAAAGUUGUUGGGCUUUUGAAGAUUGUUGAUGGGUUCUCUCAAUGCUACGAAGGGUUAGUCAAGGAAUUUAUUGUUAAUAUUCCUGAGGAUAUUUCUGAUAAGAACAACAAGGAGUUCUGCAAGGUGUAUAUAAGGGGUAGAAAUAAUGAGGGUGCAGGAGAAUUAGAAGUUACAGACAAUCAGGAGUUAUUAACUGGGUCCCUACCAACCAUAUCUCCACCAUUGCUAAUACUCUUGGGAGGUUUAUUUUUGCUGUUGGGACAAAAGUGA